AUGAACGAAAUAAGCAGCGACGAUGAAAUAGAACUGACGUCGUCUUUGAAUCCGGACGGACCUUCGUUGGGAGUCUCCAGGAAAGAUUUGAGUGAAAUAGUGGAGAAGCUGGAGGAGAUAAAUAAGUUUGAUAAUAAAGUACAAAGCACUGUAAACACUCUGGAAGAUUGCAUAACAAACUCUACACUAAGCAUCUAUGACCUUAUAGAGAAUAAUAAUAAAAUACUAGAGAAAAAAGAGGAUAGUCUUAACACCACAUCCACCAAUAACACCGUUACUUUGGAAAGUAAGGAGAAAAAACUCACAAUUGGCAUAUCCUACGGCGACAUAAAGCUGAACAUCGACAAUGUAAAUGUAAAAAUAAAAUCGCACAAAAAAGAGAAAACUACCACUGAAGCGAACUCAUCUAUUGCAGAUGAUUUGCACAACGGUUUCGCUGCUGUUACUAAGUAUCAAAUGAUUUUAUUAAUAUUAUUAGUGGUGUUAAAUGUAUUCCGCAAGUAG